CCCUAUUAGUGCUUUAUCCACCUAAGUCCGUUAAGUUGAGCCUCUGCUCCUUCGGCCGUGUCGAUUUUGUGCUUGAGGUGAUCGAAAUCUUGUGAAUUUUGUGCUUGAGAUAGGACUCGUUGACCCGUUUUGUGAUAAUUAAUAUUUAUCAUGUCUAAUAGAAAGUGUUGUGUUCCCGGAUGUACAAAUGGCUUAGACACUACGGGGUAUUUACAUAAAUUCCCUAAUCCAGAUAAGGAUAGGCAGCUAUUUAAUACAUGGGUCUUUCAUAUUGGUGGUGACAUUUUGCAACUUGAAAAUAACCAUAUUUUCAAAUACCGCCGCGUCUGUAAUGAUCAUUUCGAACCAAAAUAUUGGUGCCGGAAUAACCGACUUGCCAAAGGAGCUGUACCUACAAAAAACAUGCCAGGAUUAUCUUGCUCGAAAUUCAGCAUUGAAAAAAGAGCACUAAGACCUCUUCAGAUUUCAGGACCGUCUACAUCAAAAGAACCUGCGCAUCUACAUAUACACUCACAAGGUUCAAUUGAAGAUGUACAAAUGAAAGAGAAUCUUGAUCCUGUCACUUCAGAAUCUCAGUCUGUACACAGUGAUAGACAGCCUCAUAGUGAAGAAGAAAAUGUUGAGGUGGUGAAAGAUCUUGUGCAUCGCAAAGUUAAAUGUGUUAGUAAGAAGGCGGUAAAACAGGUUGCUGUUACGAAAACUGAGCGUGCUCUGUAUCAGAAAAUGCUGCAAGUUGGUGUGAAACUCAGCAAAUGCCGUAGCAAGGUUAAAAAGCAGGCAAUCAAGAUCAAGGCCCUGCAAAAUAUUACUACAAACCCUCAAUUUUUAGAAACUCUAGACAAAAUGUCUAGCACAUCAAAAAUUUUAACUUUGCUGCAGUUCAGGGAGCACAAAAGGAAAAAAAGGCCGGCGUUUCACAUUAGAGGAAAAAUUGUAGCUUUGACUAUCCUCAAGCAAAGCCCAAAAGGAUACAGAUUCCUGAGGAAAAUCUUUAUCCUGCCAUCACGCCAAAUUUUAAUAAAAUUAAUUAAUAUGGCAGAUAUAAAUGCUGGUAUCAAUAAAAAUUUGAUGGCACAAAAAAAAAGCCACACUUAA